AUGCAAGUAUUUAUACAAGCUCGUCCUUGUGACACGACAGGUCAAUUACUUGAAGAUGGAGCACCCCCAACACCACCUCCAAGCAGAUUGCCUGAUGACUGGACUCCAUACCGGGAUCGUGUUGAGUUCAAGACUGCAGAAUUCCUGUACACUCGCAACCAAAUGUCCACUGGGGACAUCAACAUCUUACUGGAUCUUUGGGCCGCGACCCUCCUGAAACACAACGACAAGCCACCAUUUGCGGACUGUCAUGAUUUACAUAAGACCAUUGACAGUACACCAGUGGGUGAUGUCAAAUGGCAAUCCUUCAAGGUCCAGUAUACAGGGGAGAAGCCGGCACAUGAUGUUCCACCCUGGAUGGAUCAAUCUCACGAUGUCUGGUAUCGAGACCCCCAUGAGGUCAUUCAGAACAUGUUGGCAAACCCAGAUUAUGCAACAGAGAUGGACUACCAGCCCUACCGCGAGUUCUCAACUGAUGACAAUACACGUCAAUGGCAGGACUUCAUGUCUGGUGACUGGGCUUGGAACCAAGCUGAUAUCAUUUCCAAAGAUCCAGGUACAACUGGCUUGACCUUCGUGCCGGUUAUACUCGGAAGCGACAAGAUGACAGUUUCAGUGGCAACUGGCGCUAAUGAUUACUAUCCUCUGUAUGUAUCAAUCGGAAAUGUUUGUAACAAUGUCCGACGUGCGCAUCAUGAUGCUGUUGCCAUCAUUGGCUUCCUAGCUAUGCCACAAACUACAAAGGAGCAUGCCUCCUGCCCCACAUAUCAGAAAUAUCGCCGGCAACUCUUUCAUUCGUCUAUCUCAAAGAUUCUUGAGAACCUAAGGCCUGGCAUGACCAAACCAGAGGUUGUGCGCUUUGGCGAUGGGCACUAUCGGCACGUUAUCUAUGGGCUUGGACCAUAUAUUGCAGAUUACGAAGAACAGGUUCUAUUAGCAUGUAUAGUGCGCUCUUGGUGUCCAAGGUGUAUGUCACACUGCAAAAAUUUAGAUGCCAAGUCAUUGCAUCAUACUCGUGACCAUACAGAAGCACUCAUCAAAGAAGUAUCAUCUACUGACCUGUGGGACGAAUAUGGGAUCAUCCAUGACCUCAUCCCAUUUACAAAUGAUUUUCCUCGAGCUGAUAUAAACCAACUUAUCGCGCCAGACAUCCUACAUCAGUUGAUUAAAGGAACCUUCAAGGAUCAUUUAGGUGAGUGGGUUGGAAAAUAUCUGCUCCAUGUGCAUGGAAAGAAAGGAGCAGAGAAAAUUCAAGACGAGAUAGAUAGAAGGGAUGAUUCGAAAGCGCUUAUGAAGGUUUAUCUACCUGCCAUUGAAGGUCACGUCCCAACGGAUGUGGUGCGCACAUUUCGUGCAUUUCUUGAAUUCUGUUAUCUUGUCCGGCAUAAUAUUGUUACAGAAUCUAUGCUGGUUCAGAUCCAGGACGCCCUCGACCGAUUCCAUCAUUACAGGAAGGUCUUUGAGUCCAUAGGUGUUGUACCUACAUUCUCCCUCCCUCGACAACAUUCUUGUUCCCAUUACAUCCUCCUUAUCCGACUGUUUGGUGCACCCAAUGGCCUUUGUUCCUCAAUCACUGAGACAAAGCACAUCAAAGCUGUCAAGGAACCAUGGAGGUGCUCAAGUCGCUACAAAGCCCUCAGCCAAAUGCUGGUGACAAACCAGCGUCUCGAUAAACUUGCAGCUUCGCGUAUUGAUUUCAAGAGCCAUGGGAUGCUGAAUGGCACCUGUCUGUCAGAAACGCUUCGGGCAUUGAAGCGUUUGUGGUUAAAUAGUAUGCCUGAUGCCAAUCAGCCCGACCAACCUAAUGAGAAUAACAUUACACUACUCCCUGACCUCAACAUUACUACGCGGGGUGACAAUGAAGAGGUGAACCCAGAUGACCAGUGCUCUCCCUCUGAAGUCCUGCUUGCAAGUUGUCCACAAUUCGAUGGUAAAAUCCAAGUUUUCAACUCUGCUUCUUCGAUAUUCUAUGCACCCAGCGACCAUAGUGGGAUUGGUUGCAUGCGCCGGGAGCAUAUUUGUGCCUGUCCUGUAUGGAGAAAUGAGGCACCCCGGUAUGACUGUGUAUUUGUGAACACAGAUGCAGGUGUCGAAGGGAUGGGAGGCAUGGACAUAGCUUGUGUAAUGUGUUUUUUCUCUUUCAUAUUUGAGGAAGUUUCAUACCCAUGCGCUGUAGUGCGUUGGUUUGACAAAGCUGACGACGGACCCGACGAGGACACUGGGAUGUGGAUCAUAAAACCUUCGUAUGAUGAUGGCCAUUCACCGUCGAUUGCGAUCAUCCAUGUUGAUUCUAUUUACUGGGCCGCACACCUCAUCCUAAUCUACGGAACACAUGCCAUCCCACGGGACCUCAAGCACUAUGACUCAUAUGACGCCUUCCGAGCUUUCUAUGUUAACAAGUUUGCAGAUCAUCAUGCAUUUGAGAUCGCAUCCUAG